AUGGCACAGACACCCCAACAAAGACGCGCGAACGAGCGCUUUGCCAAGAACGAGGCAGCAAAGAGAGGGAAGGGGCCAUCUUCAACCAAGCCCAAGCAGGCUUCCAAGUCACCUAUCUCUGCGAGCUGGGUUGUGGUGCUGGCCUUCGUUGUUUGCGGCGGUCUUCUCCUGGAGCUCCUGAAGAUUGUCCCUGAUCUUUGGUCUACCGUGGCUUCAAUGCUUUCUCGGCUCACCGGAUAA